AUGGCCGAUACCUGGAAAUGGACACCCAAUUCGAAACUCUGCUUCGUUACCACUGGCGCUACUGCGCCAUUUACUGAACUCAUUAAAUCAGUUUUGUAUCCUGCAUGUAUAGAUGCUUUACGAGAAUCUGGCUUUACACAUCUCUUGGUUCAGUACGGGUCCGCCAAGGACGUCUACCAGGACUCCUCCAUGCUUGCUCAAGCAUAUAUGCGAGAUAGCAAAUUUACCCAAGAUCUCAUCAUAGACGGCAUCGACUUCAAUCCAGAUGGCCUGCAAUCCCAGUUCCAAUUAGUUCAGCGGUCAAAAGGACUGGUCAUCUCGCAUGCUGGCUCGGGCUCCAUUCUCGAAGCACUCCGUUACCAGAUCCCACUCAUUGUCGUGCCCAACACCGGACUUCUCGACAAUCAUCAAGAAGAGCUCGCGGUUGCAAUGGAACGUAACAAUUACCUUGUCCGCGGCGACGUCACAAACCUUGCGCCUGCCAUAAAGAAGUCUGACGAUUUUCGAUUGAAGAUGUCGCAGUUCCCACCUGUGACAAGUGGGAAACAUCGCGAGACCAAGAGCUUCGCGGCUAUUAUGGAUGAGACAACAGGUUACAUGGACUAA